AGUAAAACCUAUAAAUAACGCGAAAACAUUCAGAAAAAACAACCAUUCUUUUUGACAUUCUGUCAAUCAAAUUUUUUCAAGUUACUAUUCAGGUCAUUUUUAUUUGUUCAGCAUCAGUUUAGAUUAAUUUAAUAACAAUCCUUUUAAAAUUUUUGAUAUCUAGGUAAAGAUUUGAGUUUUCUCCAAUUAUGGCAUUGCCGGUACAAAGGACGGCUUUGAGGAAGUACCUCUCCUUGGGUGUCGGCCCGAUGAGGACCAGUGUGAGGAACUAUGAUAUACCAGAACACCUGAAGCCAAUAGCGACGGCUAAAGACCCCAGCUUCUACAGAAUGGUGGAAUAUUUCUACCACAGCGCUGUGCAAGUUGUGGAGCCUGCCCUGAUGGAAUAUCUCAAGAAACACACCCACAUGUCUGAGAAGAAGCGGCGGCAUAGAGUAGCCGGUAUACUGAAGGUGAUGGGUUCUAGUAAUAGCUCGUUGCAAUUCGAGUUUCCCCUACAGAGAAAAUCUGGGGAGUACGAAAUUGUCCAUGGCUAUCGAUCUCAGCACAGCGUACAUCGCCUACCAUGUAAAGGAGGAAUCAGAUUCUCCAAUGCUGUUGACUUGGAAGAGGUGAAGGCUUUAGCGGCUCUCAUGACAUUCAAGUGCGCCUGUUCCAACAUACCUUUUGGAGGCGCUAAAGGAGGAGUAUGCAUAGAUCCGAAGAAGUACACUGUCGCAGAGCUGCAGAGAAUAACCAGGCGGUAUACCUUAGAGUUGGCAAAAAAGAAUUACAUUGGCGCUGGCAUUGACGUUCCGGCACCAGACGUGAACACUUCCGGUAGAGAAAUGUCUUGGAUACUGGACACCUACAUCAAAACGUUGGGCUUCUCGGACAUAAACGCUGCGGCGUGCGUGACGGGCAAGCCGAUAAACGGCGGUGGCAUCCACGGCCGCGUGGAGGCUACCGGCCGCGGCGUGUUUAUGACCAUAGACCACUUCAUCAAGAACAAGGAGUGGAUGAGCAUGAUCGACACGCCUACGGGGUACCAGGGUAAAACCGCUAUCAUCCAAGGAUUCGGCAACGUGGGCAGUUACGCGGCCAAGUACCUCCACGGCGAGGGGGUCAAGAUCAUCGGCGUGCUGGAGUACGACUGCAACCUGACCAACCCGGACGGAAUAGACCCGGAGGCUCUUAUGAAAUACAAGGCGGGCAACCGCGGCAGCGUGAAGGGUUUCUCCGGCGCCAAGGAGACGGGCGGAGACCUGCUGUACCAGAAGUGUGACAUACUUGUGGUAGCUGCCACUGAGAAGGUUCUCACGCAAGAUAACGCCGACAAAGUCAACUGCAAGAUAAUAGGCGAAGGCGCGAACGGCCCCACAACACCCAUAGCCGACAAGAUACUGCGCGAGAAGAAGAUCCUCCAGCUGCCCGACUUGCUGGCCAACGCGGGCGGCGUCACCGUCUCUUACUUCGAGUUCCUCAAGAACCUCAACCACGUCAGCUUUGGCAAGCUCAGCAUCAAGUUCUGGAGGGACUCCAAUACUGCGCUAUUGGACUCCGUGGAGAAGUCACUGAAGUCUGCGAGUGUGGACGCAAAGAUCAGCCCCUCGCCGCAAUUCCAAGACAUGAUCACGGGCGCCAGCGAGCGGCACAUCGUCAACUCCGGCCUCGAGUACUCUAUGGUCAACGCUUGCGAGAACGUGAUGCGGGCAGCUAAGAAAUACAAUCUAGGCUUGGAUCUGCGAACGGCCGCGUACAUUACGGCCAUAGAGAAAAUAUUCGUCACAUACGACGAACAAGGCUUGUGUUGCCCUUAAGCCAUUGUGGCCAUAUAAUAUAUGUUUACUAGACAGAGUUUUACAAUGGCAAUGAUAAAAAUUGUUAUUUCCAUCCAAGUAAAUAACAAAAUUGCAUGAAUACUUAUGCUUACGUGUACAUUUUUAAUUUGGUUUCGUUUUAUGUUCAAUAAUCAAGGUUGUGCCUUUUACCGGUUGCCAUAUUUAAAAUACGUGUUCAUAUCAAAGACUUGUUGUAGUUUUAAACGUCAGUUAAAUGUUAUAGGUAAAUUAUAUGGAAAAAUAUACUUCUUUUCCUAAAAAACUUUUCGUUUAUUUUUAUUCAUUUAAAGUUGCGGACACAUCUAUUGGCGCUUAGUGUUAUAAGUUUCUACGAUCUGUAGCAAAAUAUAUGUUGAUGGUUGAGUAAUACUUUUAAAAGGCCACGAAAAGUGGGUAACAAAUCUUCGUAGGUAAUAAGUUUUUGCUCAAUAUAUAAUAUUUUUAGCUAGGAACCGUCAAAACUAAAAAUCCGGGAAUAUAAUUUUAAUAGAACAUAGUCAUAAUACAACUAAAAUUGAGUUUGUUUUAUUUGAAAAGCUCUUAUAUAGGCGUAAAGAAAUAAAGAUCCGUUUAAAGUUGUUGAGCAUGUUGACUCAAUUUCUGCUGUCGCUGAAUGAAAUAUUAACGGAAUUGUGCAUAGCCACCAGCGCCAACCAGCUCUUAAAUAAAUUAUCCAUUAAGCCCGUUUCAAGGAACAACAUGACAAGAGAUUGGACUCGUAUCAACACUUAAUCAGGCGGGGUAGUCAUUUGCCUACCUGGCUAUA